UCUCUCCCCUUCUCCCUUCGCGUGUUUAAAGGCAGUACUGUCGUGUUCUCUUCAGGGUCUGCUGUCGUUCGCACUCCAGCCUAGCUCAAAUGUCCUCGUCACGGCCUCAACUGGACGUGACAACUUUAGCGACUUUGACACCCGACGAGAUACUCGCGAUCACCGCAACCGCCGACCCCGCCGCUAGCACACCACAGUGCAGCCAGUGUGGCCAGAUGGAGGUGUUUCUGAAAAGGAAGCUGAAGCGGUGCGGUGGGUGCUCAACGGCCAAGUACUGCAGCAAGGAGUGCCAGAGAGAAGCAUGGACCACCCACAAAGACUCCUGCCGCCCUGCCGACAACCUGGAAGUCUCGCACCCUGAAGCCCUGCCCUUGUCGGGCUAUGAGUCUCCGAAAGCUCUGAUGAGGGCAAUGAAACACUGGAUUGAGAACCACGAGUAUGCCUUCAGGGCGGUGACUUCUGCCACCCUACUCCUGCACGACGACAUUCCCGCCGACUUGGCCGACUGUGCUCGCGUCUUCAAGUUCAUGAUCACCUUGAAUCCCAAGCACGAGGGGACAGAUGGAAAUCCAGCAAAGGGAUUCCAACUCAUCGACGGGUCCUUGGUGAAGCGAGAAGAGCUUGGGCCGCUGGCCUCUGACAACGGGACGUGGAACGCCAUGAUGACCCUCUGCCGCGAGGAGGCCGAGUUCAGACGCCAUUCCACCCUCGUCCCCGCCGCAGUCCUCCCCGCGAUCUUCAUCGUGAUGGGCACUGGAAUCGGGGUCUGGAAACAAUUCUCCGUCUUUCUCCCGUCGCGCAGACCCGGCGAUGCGUACGCGUUCGACGAGUCCUCGCGCGCUGUUCUCGCAGAUACCCGCCUGAUGUGCGUGGAGGCCAUGAGCACGGGUGCGAUCUUCCGGCCCCCGAAGACAUACGACAGGCCCAUGCCGGACAUUGGCACUCUCGUCAGGAGGGGGAAGAAGUGGGCAUGGGAGGGCCGCGACGACCAUCUGUACUGGGUUGCUCUCGCACGGCGGAUGUCGCGCAGCGGCAGCCUGUACAAGUCGGGCUUGGCUCCGUUUGAGAUCUGGGCGCGUUUCCAUAGUCUUUGAAGGCUCCGUCGCUGCGCGAUCAUGGAAGCGCGUGGCUUUGAAGCUAUGUAUGAUUGGCACGAAUAUGAAGUAACUCUGCGAGCUUUGACUAUCUGUGUAUCAUCAGUAUGAAUGGUGUAAACCCGCGAUCCGCGUCCUUAUACUAAACACCUCUGUCACGAUUACAACCUGUCGCUCGCUGCGAGUACACCCCGCUAUACGUGCUUACAAC